ACAGGCCGGAAGCUUUAACGGAGCAGCGGCGAUGACGCAGGUCCAAGAUGGCGGCGCAGGGAGAGCUGUGUUGUUUGGAGUCUUUCCCCGCACACCUGAGUCCUCUGGAUGUUUUAAUGUCAAAGUCUCAUUUGGAUUCAGUUUUCCAGAAUGACACCGACCCACCAACAGUCCUCUUCACCCCGCUGCGGCCUCAGGGCUCCAGGACGUCGGGCAUUUUACUACGCGUUCACCCGACUACCGAGGAGAAUCACCAAGGUGUAGCAGGAAAGUCCCCCCGAACAGAGUCUGGGAGCCGGGUCCGGCUGUUCACCAGCCGCCUCUUCAUGCGGCACCACGGGUUCCAGCGGCUCUGCAGCACGGGGACUGUCCGGGCGAUGGACCCGAUCAGCCUGGACAGAGUGGUGCUGGGAGCCCGCAGCAGGCAGAGCCUCCGCUGGGCCGGAGCUGACAAGUUCACCGCCGGGUUGAUGGAGCUCUGCCGCCCGGGACAGUGGCUGCUGGUCCGGCAGGGGGACCCGCUGCUGCUGCCCCGACACCCGCUGCUGGGAGAGGACCCGGGACAGGUGCAGCAGCAGCUGCUGGACCUGCUUGUGUUGGACUGCAGUCCUGUAAUACAGGGACGCAUCACCGCCGACACGUCUCUGGUUCUGACGGACUGCUGGGACUCGGUGGACCCCCUUGGACCCAACCCGCCCUGCAGACCGUUCAGAUUGUGUGUGUCGGACUUUGCUCAUUACGCCGAUGGCCUCGGAGGGGGGCGAUCUCUUCUCCACAACAGGAAACUGCUGGGCUCGGGGUUCUGCGGUGUCCUGGAGGCCCUGGAGUGCAGGCUGGAGGUGCGGGUGGUGGACUCUGGGCGAUGGCUGGGGCUCACAGGUCCACAGGGAGCUGCCGUGGACGUGGACAGCUGUGUGUUUGUGAGCAAACAGCUGCUUCUCAGGCUGGGGCUGUUCAAUCACGAGUGGGUGAAGCUGUGGAGGCCCGGCAGGUCGUCCAGGGGGGCGGUCUGCAGGGAGCGGCUGGUCUCUGUGCUGGUGGUGGACUUCACAGACAGGCCAGAGCUGCAGAAGAACCACGAAGAGGGGUUCAUAUCCCCAACUCUGUGGUUCAACAUGACUGAAGGGGACGAGGUCCCUGAGAGGAGCUGCACGCUGAGGAUGAAGAGGUGGAGCCUGGCUCCUCUGGCGCCCGGCGGGCGGCGCUCUGACACUUCCUGUCGCUCUGCUUCUCCACCAUUUGCCAGCGAGCUUCACAUCCAGCCGGUGGCGUCUCCGCUGUCCAACCAGCUGAGCUGCUACGACCUGCUGCUGGCUGAGCACUUCAGGACCCCGAGGCUGGUCUCACAGGGAGACAUCGUGAAGGUUCCUGCUGAAAACCAUCCAGACCUGCUCGAGAACAGCUCGGAAGGGAUACUCAGGUGUCCAGCGCUGUUCUUCAGAGUCCUCGAGGUGUGUCCGUCUGCAGAGAGACCAGAAGAGGGAGGAGCCCACCUGGCCGACAGACUGCACACCUCACUCUACAUGAGAGCGUCCACCAACAGCCCCGUCCCCCGCUGCUCCGAGGACGGAGCGUCUCUGUGGGGCCGUCUGUCUCCUCCCGGCCUCAGCAAAACCGUCGACCUCCUCAGCAGCACCAUCCUCCCGCACCUGCACAGCAGCGGCUCUCUGUGUGGUUGCACCGUCCUCCUUCACGGCCCUGCAGGAAGCGGGAAAGUGACAGCGGUGAGCGCGGCGAGUCGCAGACUCAACCUCCACCUGCUGAAGGUGGACUGUGUCAGCGUGUGUGCUGACACACCUGCAGCCUCUGAGGUGAAGCUGGACUCGGUGUUUCAGCGGGCCGACGCCCUGCAGCCCUGCGUGCUGCUGCUCAGGAACCUGCAGGUCCUGCUCCGGCCUCGAGGCGGCGUCGAGGAGGACGGCAGGAUCCCGGCCGCGCUCUGCCAGCUGCUCAGCGGCGCCGCCAGCAGUGUGGUGGUCGUGGCCACAGUCUGCAGACCUCGGGAGCUGCCUGCAGGUGUCAUGACAGCGUUUGUCCACCAGGUGGCAAUAGAGCCGCCCACUGAGGAGCAGCGACACGCCAUGCUGGUCAGCCUGAGCCGAGACCUUCACCUGGGGAGGGACGUCGACCUGGAGAGACUCUCCAAACUCACUGCAGGUUUUGUGUUGGGGGAUCUGAGUGCUCUGCUGGUUGAGGCAGGCAGAUCCGCCUGCAGGAGGCUCAUUCACACCUGUGCUGGCCGGAGGGAGGAGGAUCUGUGCUCCAGUGGAGUGACCAUCCUGAACCAGGACUUCAGCUCCGCCCUGCAGGCACUGCAGGACGCCCACUCCACGGCCAUCGGAGCCCCCAAGAUCCCCGACGUACGCUGGGAGGACGUCGGAGGCCUGCAGCGCGUGAAGAAAGAGAUCCUGGACACAGUACAGCUUCCCCUGCAGCGCCCGGAGCUCCUGUCUCUGGGUCUGAACCGGACUGGAGUCCUGCUGUACGGACCACCGGGAACAGGAAAGACUCUGCUGGCCAAAGCUGUAGCCACCGAGUGCUCCAUGACCUUCCUCAGUGUGAAAGGCCCUGAGCUCAUCAACAUGUACGUGGGUCAGAGCGAGGAGAACAUCCGAGAAGUGUUCUGCAGAGCGCGCUCAGCAGCCCCCUGCGUCGUCUUCUUUGAUGAGCUGGACUCUCUGGCUCCCAGCAGGGGGCGCAGUGGAGACUCAGGAGGAGUGAUGGACAGAGUCGUAUCUCAGCUGCUCGCCGAGCUCGACGCUCUGCACUCGUCUGUUGGCGUUUUCGUGAUCGGAGCCACAAACCGCCCAGACCUGCUGGACCAAUCACUGCUGAGGCCUGGCAGGUUUGAUAAGCUGGUUUAUGUCGGAGUCAGCGAGGACCGGGUCUCUCAGCUGCAGGUUCUCCAGGCCAUCCUCAGAAGGUUUCAGCUGGACUCUGCUGUGGACUUGCAGGAUUUGGUGGAUCGCUGCCCUUCUCACAUGACCGGCGCCGACCUGUACGCUCUCUGCUCAGACGCCAUGACGGCCGCCAUCAAGAGGAAGGUCGCCCUCAUCGAGGACGGUCUGGACUCGGAGGACUCCCCCGUCCUCCUGUCAGUGGACGAUUUCUCUGCCGCGUUGGAAAACUUCAGGCCGUCUGUUUCAGACCAGGAGCUGCUGCGAUAUGACAGCAUCCAGCAGAAACUCGCCGAUCCAGUCAGGCCGUCUUACUGCUAACCAACCAACAGAAAAAACAACCCUGAAAAAUACUGUAAAUAGAAAUGAUGUAAACAAGAACUUAAUUUAUAAAAUUGUGAAAUGGAAUGAAUUAAUGGAGAAAUAAACUAAUGAAAACA